CAAGGGUGGAGAUAAAAACCCUAAGGCAUAAACACUGGAGCUUGCUGGCUGGGUUCUAAAAAACCCCUAAUUUUUCAUCCAUUCCUUCCUUGCAGUCGCGCUCUCCAAUCUCAUACUCACACUGAUAAAGAUGAAUGUGGAGAGGCUCAUGAAGAUGGCUGGUGCAGUCCGCACUGGCGGAAAGGGUAGCAUGAGAAGAAAGAAGAAGGCUAUCCACAAGACAACUACCACUGAUGACAAACGGCUACAGAGCACCCUCAAGAGAAUAGGAGUGAAUGCCAUCCCUGCAAUUGAGGAAGUCAACAUAUUCAAGGAUGAUGUUGUUAUCCAGUUUAUUAAUCCAAAAGUUCAAGCUUCUAUUGCUGCCAACACAUGGGUUGUUAGCGGUUCCCCUCAGACAAAGAAAUUGCAGGAUAUUCUCCCCGGAAUCAUCAAUCAAUUGGGGCCAGAUAACUUGGAUAACUUGAGGAAAUUGGCAGAGCAAUUCCAGAAGCAGGCACCUACUACUGGUGCUGGCGCAACCACCUCUCAAGAAGAGGAUGAUGAUGAUGUACCAGAACUUGUGGCUGGUGAGACCUUUGAAGCUGCAGCAGAAGAAGGCCAGGCUGCUAAAUAGUGUUUUUAGACAAAUUUUUGUUUUGUGUUAUUUUAUAUGUUUUUGAUGAAUUGCUUUAGUUUCUUUUUCCUAAUUACUCUGGAACUCUACUCUUUUGGCUCAGAGCCAGUCUUAAAUUUCUAUAAUUCCUGUUAUUUUUGACUUGGUACCAAUAGAGUUGUGUGUCGUUGGCUUCCUCCCCAAACACAAAUAGAUGGUCUGGGAACACUCGAUGUAUGCAGUAUAUCUUUCCUGCAAGAAUUAAAAAAUAGUCAUAUGAGCUUGUCGGUAGGUGAUAACAUUUUGUUCCAUGCUAGUUAUCCUCAUAUGUUCGAGUGGCAGGGCACUGUUUAUGAUGACUUGGCUUGAUGCUACUGUUUACUGAGGUCUUUUACAUGAGUGUUAACUUUUUUCUUUUGCCACAAAAUAGAUUAGAACGGCUCAUUUGCCGAUUGAUA